CCCGGAAGUUAGAGAAGGCUUUAUGGUAGCUCACUGCAGCAGCACCCUCCUGUACUAAACAGUAUGUGAGCAAAGUACGCCUCCUUCUAUCUGCACCUCUUGUAGAGCAGUGCUAGUGCGGUAGUUGUGUAGUCGGUGCGGUCACAACCUGUGUGUUGGGAAACUUGUCUCCACUGGUCUACUGUAAUUAACAGCUUCUUUUAGGACAUUUACAGGGUAAACCCAGGCUUUGCCAGGCAACAUGGACGCUACAGGGAAGGACACAUAGGACACAUUAGUGUGUGACAGAUUUUGGUGACAUUUGGGAGUGCCAGAAACCUGUGAGGGUGUGAGAGGAGAUAACGAGGGACAAGGCUGUGUGUAGCUGUCAGACCCAGAUAAUGUUCAGUAACCGUCAGAAACUGAACAGUAGCCUGGCUCACAAUAGGCUUUCCUUCUCUGAAGAUGCCAGAAACUGAAACUAUCAAGAAUAUGUGUUUAGUUAUUAGUUUAGCUAAUUACUCACUAACUAAGAGCCAGACGGAGUGUAACAAGGUUUCUGCGCUUUUGUGGAUGGACUUGUGAUUAUGACCGUCAUUGAAAGUGAAGUGGACCAAAGCUAAAGCCUCAGUUCAGCUUACUUCCUCUAAAUGUGUGGAGUAAUGAUGUUGCAAAUGUCAAGAUUCACUACCAGGAAGCUGCUACAGCAGUGGACUAUCACCUGCAAACGCCAAGUAAGACUUUACCAGCUGUCUGGUGUGACUUUAAUGAGAUCCCGGAGAAAACUGGUCUGUAAAACUGUACUUGAAGCAUCCCUUUUUUCUCACGUCCGACCUGGAGCAAGUUUAGGUCCACAUUGUGUUUGGACACACAUCAGGGCCUCCACUCCAUUUGCUUUUUACUGCACGUCAACAGACUCCAAGCAAGCAGCAGAGCAUGCAGGUAGUGAGGUCAAAACCAAAGACAGACCUGGACGGAUAUCCUCAGAUGACUUCAAAAAGUUAUUGCAGCUUGCUCAUCCAGAGCGCUGGAGGCUAUCAGCUGCCGUGAGCUUCCUUGUUGUCUCCAGUGCCGUCACCAUGUCUGCUCCAUUUUUCCUGGGUAAAGUGAUCGACACCGUCUACUCAAACUCAUCUGCAGACUUUAGUGCCUCCCUGACCUCCCUGUGCAUCAUGCUGGCAGGGGUUUUCCUGUGUGGUGGUGCUGCCAACGCUGCACGUGUAUAUCUUAUUCAUGUCUCAGGGCAGCAGAUUGUGAGAAACUUACGUGAAUCCCUUUUUUCCUCAAUUUUGAGGCAGGAGGUGGGAUUCUUCGAUAAGACCCGCACUGGUGAGCUCAUUAACCGCCUUUCCUCAGACACGGUUCUAGUUGGACAUGCUCUCACUGACAACAUGUCUGAUGGUCUACGGUCAGUUGCUCAGGCUGGAGCUGGAGUCAGCAUGAUGUUCUAUGUGUCACCCAGUCUUGCCACCUUUGUCCUAAUGAUUGUACCUCCUGUGGCGGGCCUGGCAGUCAUCUAUGGAAGAUACGUGCGCGCCAUAUCUAAACAAACACAGGAUGCUCUGGCACAGGCCACACAGCUGGCAGAAGAGAGGAUCGGUAACCUACGAACAGUUAGGGCAUUUGGCAAAGAGCUGACAGAAGUGCAGACCUACGCAGAGAAGGUGGAGUAUGUCCUCCGACUGGCUAAGAAGGAAGCUAUGCUUACUGCUGGGUUCUUUGGAGUGACGGGCCUGAGUGGCAACAUGAUCGUCCUGAGUGUGCUGUAUAAAGGUGGGCUGCUGAUGGGUAGUGAGCACAUGACAGUAGGAGAGCUUUCCUCCUUCCUUAUGUAUGCCUUCUGGGUGGGCAUCAGCAUUGCUGGCCUGAGCUCGUUCUAUUCAGAGCUGAUGAAGGGGUUUGGGGCUGGGACACGCCUGUGGGAACUGAUGGAGCGGAAGCCUGAAUUUCCUCUCAAUGAGGGACUUGUGUUGAGACCAGAGCAGCUGAAGGGAGCCCUAGAGUUCCGUAACGUGUCGUUUGCUUACCCGACAAGGAAGGAUGUCCCCAUCUUCCAGAACCUGAGUCUGUCUGUGCCAGCUGGUUCAGUGAUGGCAGUGGUGGGGUCAAGUGGCUCUGGAAAAUCUACUCUUGUGUCCCUUUUGCUCCGUCUGUAUGACCCAGACUCAGGUAUGGUAACUAUUGAUGGCCAUGACAUCCGGACGCUGAAUGCUUAUUGGCUGCGGAGUCAUAUUGGAACUGUAAGCCAGGAGCCAGUCCUCUUCUCCUGCUCCAUUGCUGAGAACAUUGCGUAUGGAGCAACAGAUCCCAGUCAGGUCACAACACAGGACAUCCUACGAGCAGCACAGAUUGCUAAUGCUCAUGAUUUCAUUAAUGGCUUUCCCAAAGGCUUUGACACUGUUGUUGGAGAGAAAGGAGUACUACUGUCAGGUGGACAGAAACAAAGAAUUGCUAUAGCAAGGGCCUUGCUAAAGAACCCCAAAAUACUGUUACUAGAUGAAGCCACAAGUGCUCUGGAUGCAGAGAAUGAGUUCUUGGUACAAGAGGCCCUGGACCGGCUAAUGCAGGACCGCACGGUGCUUGUCAUCGCUCACCGUCUCUCCACUAUCCAGAAUGCAGAUGCUGUGGCUGUGCUGGACCAGCGGCAUGUGGUGGAGUGUGGCCGUCAUGCCCAGCUUCUCACCAACCAAGACGGUCUCUUCCGCAAGCUCAUGGAGAAACAGGCCUUUUUAAAUGCUGAGCAGAAGCUGGCUCUCGCCAAAUAGAAGAAGACAUUCUGACAUCUGAAGAAAGUACCAAUGAAAAUGAAUGUGUAUGUAAACUGACAUGCAGUGUCAGAAGAAAAGAGCUGUAGUUGUAUCUGAGUGCCUACAUGCAGUAUAAACUACCAGUCAAAUGUUUGUUUAUAGGAAGAUUUUUCUUUAUUUUAGAAUAUUAAUGAAGACAUCUACUUACUCUAUGAACUAACAGUGGAAUUAUGUAGUGAUCAAGAAAAGUGUUUAACAAAUCCAAACAGUUUUAUAUAUACAAUUUUUAACAGUAUUCCUGAGGAAGCUGUGCACUCCAGGUGUCUUCUCAACCAGUUUCAUGACACAGUUUCAUCCAGGAGGUGUUUCUUAAAGUUCCCAAACAGGCCAGGCUUCUCCUGCAUUCUAAAUAGGAAUUACUUGUUUGGGGAAACAGUUUAGUUUUAAUUAAACAUACUUGUUGUAGGUGAAAACUUAUUUAAAAUACAUUUUGAUUCAGAUUUUUAAAUAUUUACCUUGUGUGAGACAAAUUUCAACCAUAACUCUUUCUCAAAAUAUAAUUUCUUUCCCUCCCAUUUCCUCCCACUUCCUCCCACUAGGUUUUAAAUGUCUUUAAGACAAUGAAAAAUGUGUAUUCAAUCUAGUGUGUACAAACUUUUGACUGGUAGUGUGUGUUUACUCAAAAACUGAUGUCAACACUCAACUCCAUUAUAAGGUACAAAAGUGUAACAAACACAGAGGACUAUUAAUUUAAGACACUGCCACUUUACAUGCAGUAUAACUGGAAACUGUGCUUUUUUUAGUCAUCGAAUAUUUUAUACCCUUUCAUAUAGUAUAAAUAUUCCUAGUAAUACAAUUUUCAGGAUCAUAAUCAUUCUAAUCAUACAGUAGUAUGUGAUUCACUGCUCUCUUUGUUGGUAAAAGACAGGUAUGCUUUCAAUUUAUAAAAAGAUUUUGGGAUCUGGGAGAAGCUCAUUAUUAUUGUGGUUUCAGUUUUAUUGUAUAUAAUGAAAUAUUUGACCAUGUUUGCCUAAACUGUGGUAUUUCAGCUCAUAAACAAUUCAGCUGGUCAAUCCUGUAUCAGAGACUUGCACAUUGUUUAAGUAUGUGGAAAUGUCAGCUGCUGUAUAGGAGAAGGAUCCACCCAGAACUGUUGUUUUGCAGUCAACCUUCAAACUACUGGCCUUCAGCACAGGGAACAGUCCAUAUUUGCAAACACAAUGGAGAAUAGUAUGAAUGACCACCAAAAAGAAAAAACUUGAGAGAUGAUUAUCUGUGCGAACAUACACUAUUAGAGUCUGCAAUCAAAAUAGGUGUUUUGUAAGUGUGAUAAAUAGAAUAUUUCUUUUAAUCUGUGGGUGUAUUAUAAUGUUAGGUGUGCUAACUUAUGAAAAUUCUUUAUAUAAAUAAACUACUGAUUGAAUUAA